CCAGCCCGCACUGCGGCUGCGCGGAGGCUCCCGCGGCUGCUCUAAAGGCGGCCCCGCGCAUGCGCGCGCGCCUCAGUCAGGUGACGGGAAGCGGCGGCGAUGGAGCGCUACGACAGGGCGGCGCUCGGCGGGCUGCCCGCGCCAGAGCUGAGAAAUGAGGGUUCAUUAACAUCAACUUUAAGAACACUUCUGUUCUUCACAGCUCUAAUGAUCACAUUACCUGUUGGGCUGUAUUUUUCAUCAAAGGCUUAUAUAUUUGAAGGUACCUUAGGAAUGUCCAACAGAGACAGCUAUUUUUAUGCUGCCAUAGUUGCUGUAGUUACUGUUCAUGUGGUACUUGCUCUGUUUGUGUACGUAGCAUGGAACGAAGGUACUCGACAGUGGCGGGAAGGCAAACAGGACUGAAAAGAAAAUCGUCGUCUGAUACCUACAGACUGUACAUACAAUUUUUGCGGGUUGAAUGAAAAACAUUCUUCAAAAUGUAUAAUACUUGUGUACAAAGAUGAGGCUAAUGUCUCAAUUUUGUUCAGUUACAGUAAGACUUGUGCUUGUCCUGGAUGUGUAGCAAUAUGUUGUCAGAUGCUGAUGGAAGUUGUACGUGGCUGUAGCCAGCUUCUACUAGCAUGAGCCAAGGAGGUCUUUACCUGAAAUCAGAAUGAAGUAAUUGCUUAAAAAAAAAACAAAAAAAAAAACAUGAUAAUCCUGUAACUAUUUUUGUCAUUCUCUAGUGUUUUUCUGGCCUUUUCUGAGAAUAAUAUUGGCGUGAAACAAGCAUUACAUUUUCAAGUAACUGAAUUGCUAGUUAAAAGGCAAUAUAUCUAACUUACUGUCCAAUUGAAUUCAAGAUGGGAUUUCUUAGUUUCCCCACUUCUGAGCAUACAGUCCAGCUGUGCGUUCUUCUGUGCUAAUUCCUCAGGUUACUACAUGUGUGGUUACUUUGUUGGCAGAGGUGGAAUAAAGGCGAUGACUGAAUUGGCAGCUGUUUGCAGUGCUGCACUGGGCAGAAGCUUUUUACCUUUAGGAAAUGAAAGAUGUCAGAAAAAGCUGAAGAUGUUCUCUGAAAAACUCAUUAAGGAGAAACCUCUGAAGUCUGUUAAAGUAUUCUGGCUUCUCACCACUGUACAGUGCUGCUUUCUGGCAUCUGUAAGUCACUUUGUUCAAAUUACAGAUAAUCAUGCAGGGUGAUCAGGUUAUUUAAAAAGUAAUGCAUGGUUAAUGUGCUCAGUGACCCUAAAGUGCAGUUACAAUUUGAGUCAAAAUACUAGACAAGUUUCGUCUUCUGUUAGGGGAAAUUACACCUCAAGGAAGGGAAAAAAAUAGUAAUUAUGAGUUUAGAAGUAAUUGCAACAAUAGAACUGGUUAGGAAUUCAUAUGUCAUCUUCCUAAUUUGGAAUACUCACUUUCUCUCAUUUUCAAAUGUAAUUUUUGAUUAUGGUGUAAAAUUUAAUUUCUUAAUUUCCUUUUGUAAUGUUUUGGGAGUGAUUGUCUUGGUGCAGUGCUCAUCUUUCUGCUCUUCCACAAUUAAUUUUGAUGAAGCAAAAGAAAUGGUGUAAUAUAUUUUUAUAUUCCUGUGUAUGUCCUUGAUAAUUGCUGAAGGAUGUGACUGGAUUGCCUGUAGUGAAGGAACAACAGUAACGGCUGUAACAACCCACAUGAAUGGGCAGUAGAGGAACAAGCGAGAUGUAAGGGAGAAAACAAGCUGUACAUGUCCUUUAUGAAGCAGAACACAAGUGAUCACAUUAUGGCAAAUUUGCUUUUCUUCAUAAAUAUAAACUUGUACAGGGUGGAUCGAUGCAAUAUGUUGAUCUUUUUUCCCCUCAUUUGUGUCUGGAGACUUUCUGUAGUAAAACCGUGGUGAAAUUCGUGUUAUAGAAUAAUCUGAAUUUCACUUCUCUGUUGUGCCGUGUUAGCAGGCUACUUACUCUGCAGAUAAAAGGUUCCAGCAAUGCGCACAGGACUCUACUAAUGCUGUUGAUUGCUUUUAAGCUAUUGUACUUGAGGUCUUUCUGUUAAUUUGAGUUUUCCAGUUUGUUGUAUUAGUUGAGCAUUUUUGGAAGUGUUUUGCUUAAUAGACGACUUGGAAUGAUUGUGUUGCUACAUCUGUCUUUUGUAACACAGACCCGUAAGUGAGACAAAUCAGGUAUCUUUAUGCAGGAAAUAGAAGAAUGUGUUCCCAUGGUUCAUUCCUCUUACCUCCACCCCAACCCUGUAUGUGCAAAAAUACACACCGUGUACUAGGAUGUAGCUGAAGCAUUACCAAUGACCUCUACAGAGGAGUGCAAUGCUAGCACUAAUCAGUCUUUACUUUUUUUUUUUUUUUUUUUUUUAGGAAACAUUAACUUUUCUCAUCCAGAAGUCCAUUGCUAGGUUGCUGCCAGCAAGCUGGAGAACAGCAUCUUAGCCCUGAAAUACAAAUUUCAGUAGUUGGACAUUGCCAUGUUGGCUUCCUGUUAUCCAGUUUAGAGAUGCUGUAGAACAAAUACUGCUUUUUGCUAAGGAACUACCCUGCAAUACAAGGUCCAGUAAAUAAAUGCUUGUGCUGUACAGUUUUUAAGUAAUAUCUUUAAUGAUGCUUAUGAAUAGCACAGCUUACAAGUAGAUCAGAGAUCAGCUAUGGCAUUGUUCAAUAGCCACAGUCAUUUAUAACAGAGUAUAAAUGUGAAAAAAAGUUGUUCUGUACUAGCUGGGUCUAGUGCUAUAUCUAUUGUUUCAUGUACCAGAAUUCCUAGACAUUAAAUUAACUUUUUAGGAAUAGUAAGGAAAUAAUUGCUUAUAAUUAUAACAAAAAUCUAAAGUUUGACCUGUGCUGUACAUAGAGCCACUACAAUAUCUCAGCAACUGGUGAUGGGUAACAAGAGCUGAGCAUUAAGCCAUCCGUAGGAAGGUCUUUGCCUUUGAAGGUAAUGCUUUGAUUCCCAGUGUUCUCCCUGAGAAGAGGUAAUUCCUGAGUCUCUGGACAGUUACGGACAGUAAUGGUCACGGACUACUGGGUUUUGUGUUGCCUGUGCUUGGAAGCUGAAAACCACUCAGGUAAGUGGCGCAAAGACAGCAGUCAAGUGGUGGAAAUACACCGUGACUGGGGAGCCCAAAGAACAGAAACUGCAGCCUUGUUCUGUAGUGUACAUGGAAUAGAUGCUCUGCUGGGACUCCUGUUGUGCCUUAACAAUACUAAGAUUUAUUUUAUUUCAAGAGCUUUAUUGCAGUCUCUUUGGGUUGUGUUUACUUCCCUAUUUCCUCAUGUCCCUGUUAACAUCAAAGCUAAUUCUCACCUUUUUUAUUGUGUAAUGGUUAUUGUGAUUGUUGUAGAGCUUAAAUAAUACCGUUUAAAUGUGGAAACUGAUCAAAGCUGUGGAGUAAUCAAUAUUUUUGUUGUGGUGCUUUUAUUUUCUAUUAAAAUGAUACACAUUUUGUAAUGAUGUAGUACUUUAAA